AUGACCAAGGUGUUCGCGGAGGCGAAUGCGAAUCCUGACUUCUGGGCGAACCUCGCGAAUGCAGAGAUUGGGGGUGGCGAGAAAGCAGACGACGCGGUCGACUAUGAAGACAUUGGAGACGACGAUCUGGCGAGCGAUCAGGAUGAGGACGAGAAUGCGCAGCACGAUUCACACCAGCUCAGCGGCACCACCAUCCAAGAUGACGAGGAUAUGGAGGAAGACGAAGAUAUUGAUGCUUUGUUCAACGAGGAUGCAGGCAGCCCAGUGGCAGAACGUCCCCAGGAUGAUGAAGCACAGGCAUCGGUCCCGACAGUACUGCCCGGCGGCGCUGCGCAGACUGUGACUGCUACCAGCAACGUCGCUGCAGAUGAUGACGAUGAGAAUCCAGAAUGGGUUGAGCAGAGGCGUUUGUUCGCCGAGGCGAACCGUCCUAAGGGCGAGCGUAUUCCUCUUGCUCCGACUUCCGACAAGGAACUUUUCCGACAGCUUUACCCCGACUUCGAGAAGGGAAAGCCGCUCCGCUUCGCCAGCUUGAUCACCCGGAAGCGCGCAUACUUCAAACCUCAGGAGCCCGCCAAGGCCCCCAAGCCGCUCGCAUUUGGUACGAAGAUCAACUUGGAUAUCGCGCCGGACCAGGAGAAGAGCUUCCGUUUGCUGUCAACUAGCACCGCCAAGCAAGCCCGCGCGGACGAGGAGGAAGAGGGCGGUAUUAUUUACAUCCAGCAGCGCGUGGAGAAGGAGGACCAGAGCAGCGACGAGAUGGACCUGGAUGUGUGGGAAGCCACGAAUGACCAUGAGAUGAUCGGAAAUGUUACCUGGGGUGACCUCGAGGUUGCCUGUGAGGACUGGAACAUCGACUCAGAGAGCGUCGCUACGUUGUCGGACUCAGAGGGAGCUAAGACGCCUGAGCUCGUCAGCAUUAACAGCGCUCCCAAGCGGCGCCGGUUGGGUGACAGUGAUAGCACUGUCAUGUUCUCCGUGUACGACCACAUGAAUCUUCCCUCGUGGGACGAUCCCGAGCUCGUCACCGCAAAGCUUGCGAAGAAGAUCAUCCUAGACAUGAACGACCCUCAGUUACUACUCGACGUGCAGCAACCUGCUGUAGAGGAGCAGAAGCCCCGUACUAUCGGUGUCGGUCUCAAGCGCGACCAUCGUGGCAACCCUAUGCUGAAGCGUUUCAACAUCUCGAAUGAUGAGCAUUACGACGCUCUCAAGGAGAGCAGCCAACAGAAGGUCCGCGGUACCAUCGGCAAUUCCACUAUCGACCAUAGUCUUCCCGCCUUGAAGUUGCAAUACCCGUUUUACAAGGUCAACCUCUCCGAUCGCGAAUUGCGAUCCUUCCAUCGCCCAACCAUCUCCUUCAAGCCUGGCGAGCGUGCCAUAAUUUCCCCGCUCAAGAGUGUCAAGAGAAAGAACAAGCGUCACCAGAAGCCAUCGGAGGCAUUCGCCGUUGCCGAAGACCUCAAUGUCGGAGACAAUGCGGACCUCCUCCUUGCAGAAUACUCUGAAGAGUAUCCUACCACGCUUUCGAACUUCGGCAUGGGUGUCAAGGUGUAUAACUACUACCGUCGUAGGACGGCCGAGGACAACAAUCGGCCCAAGCCUGCGAUUGGCGAGACGCAGAUCCUGUUGCCACACGAUAAGAGUCCUUUCGCCAUGUUUGGACCCAUCGAGCCUGGCGAGGAGUGGUUGACUCUUCAGAACGCCAUGUACCGCGCCCCAAUCUUCCAGCACAACGCAGAGAAAACCGACUUCCUCGUUAGCAGGAGCCACACUGGCGUUCAUGGGUCGAAGUACUACAUGCGAAACAUCGAUAACCUUGUCGUCGUCGGCCAGGAGUUUCCCUACACAGAAGUGCCUGGCACGCACGCACGCAAGGUUACUGAGGCGUCCAAGAAGCGCUUGAAGAUGCUCGCCUUCCGAUUGUAUCGACGAGGUCAGCAGAAUAACCAUCGUCAGCCUUGGGUGAGCAACGAGAUGAUCAAGCACCACCUUCCUGGUACGGAAAUUGCGCAGAACCGAUCUAGGAUGAGGGAGAUCAUGAAGUAUGAUAAGAAUCUAGGCACCUGGGAACCCGUUGCCGGCGAGACUAUUCCGGACGAGCCAACUCUGCGCACGUGGAUCAAACCCGAGGACAUCUGCCUGAUCGAUUCUAUGCAUGCGGGUGACAAGCAGCUCCAAGAUGCCGGUAUUAAGACUAGCGACAUCCAAGAUGAUGAGGAUAACGAGACCAACGAGUCCCUCGAACUCAAAUUGGCUCCUUGGCACACUACGAAGAACUUCCUCAAUGCCUGCACUGGAAAGGCGAUGCUUACGUUGCAUGGAGAGGGGGACCCCACCGGCCGCAACGAGGGCUUCAGCUUCAUCAAGACCUCCAUGAAAGGUGGUUUCAAGGACAUUGGCGAGAGCACGGCAGACAAGAUUGAUGCUCGGAACAAGAAGGACAAUGGCGGUCACAGCUACAACGUCCAGAAACAACAGCAGCAGUACGAGGACGCUAUCAAGCGUAUCUGGAACAAGCAGAAGGAUAGCCUUCGCUCUUCCGCGAUACCUUCUGACGAAGAUCUAGACGUCGAGGCAAUGACGCAACCUAAUGCAGUCCGCGGACGUUCGGAGGUCUCGACCCCAUACCCGGGCCUGCGAGGCGAAGAUGAGACUAUGAGUCAGUUUAGUCGUAACAGUGCAGGUGCGGAGGGUGGCAAGAAGCUGCGCAUUGUCCGCAAGUUCCGUAACCGCCACGACGAACUUGAAGAGAAGGUGCAGAUCGUCACAGAUCCCGAAGUCAUCAAACUAUACAUGAAGCGUAAGAAACAGCAGCGAUUGCUGAGCAUGAACAUCGAUGAUAUCAAGCCGACCGGUAAUGCCGAGUUCGACCACCAACAGAUGUUGAAACUAAAAGCAGAAAUGGCGCGUCUGCAACGGAACAUUGAGCGCCGCGAAGGUCGCGAAAAGGCAAAGGGCAUCGCUCCUUCUAACGGCAAGAGCAGCUCUACUCCUCGAAAGUGUGCAAACUGCGGCGAAGUGGGGCACAUCAAGACCAACAAAAAGCUUUGCCCGCUGCUCAAUGGCUCGAAGAAGCAAAGCGAUACUUUCCGGGAUGCUGGCGCUGCGAGUCCCGUUACGAUAGCCGGCACUCCCAUCGCUUCGACACCAGGACCGCUUCUUCCUGGUGCUGGCUCACCCUUCUAA